AUUGCUACACAAGCUGCGCUAGGGGCGAACUGACCCCAUCCCUAACACUGUUAAAGUACUAGGAGUUCGAUUGGGAUGAUGGAGAAAUUCUGUUUCGUUUUGUUCUGUGCUGGAUGCAUAUCAAUAGCAGCUUCAGCCCCAGUAAGUCGCGAAACCACACCCCAAAGAGCAGAGUACGACUACGAAUACGACAACUCCGCACAAUCCGGCCAAAUCCAGGAGCCAGAAGGCGAGGCGAGCCAUUACGAUGCGUAUAUCCAGGACGUCAAAGCCGCGACUGCCGGUGACAGUAAAAAGGGUUUCAGCAGAGGCAGCGGCUUGAGAACCAUAGCGGUCGGCUCCGCUAAUCAAGCGAAAACAGCGCUCGGCAACCAACAGGCUGCAGCGUACCAAGCUGCGUAUGUCGCCAAAAACACUCUAGCUCAAUCGGCCGCGCAGUCUAGUGCGACAGCGCAAGCGGCGCUGGCUGGGAAACAGGUGAUCCUAUCAGGGUUGGAGCAGCAGGUCAGAGACGCGAAGGUGGCGCUGCAGGGAGAAGAGAUGCAGCUGCAACAGGCAAAGAGAGCUGCCCAGUCCGCGGCGCAAGCUGCACAGCAGGCUAUGCAUCAGGUGAACGUAAUCCAAGCAGCUCUAAACGCGGCUCAAGCGACAUCAGAGAACGCUAACGAAGCGGCGUCCCAGGCUGCUGGAGAGCUGGGUGCUCAGACCGCCAUGGUGGGAGCUGCUAGACAGCGGCUCCAGACGCUCCAGGAGCAACUCAAGGGUGUCAGGAUCGACUUCCAGGCGACGCAGUCGGCAGCUAGGAAGGCUCAGGCGGCAGCUCAACAGGCUCAGGCGAAUGCUGCAGAGGCCGCGGCGAAAGCGGCUGCAGCGGGUCUCGCGCAGGGUCAGCACAAAGACACUUCUCACGAAGGUAGUAGCUACGAGGAGUACAAAACAUCACCCUCAGAACAGAACAGCCAGGAGUAUUACCAUUCGGACUUCCAAAAUUAGAUCUUAGCUCUAGAGUAGAUGUCCUGGGAUUUUUAUAAAAAAAAUUGUUGAUAUUGAUAAUGAAAAUUCCAGGUUUAAUUGGUA